CUCUGCCAUGCAGCUGGGCUGGUUCUGCAGUUAGCUGCUCACAGCUGUGGCUGGACGACACGCCCUGUGCAAGGAAUGUUAACAGAGCAGCGGGACAUCAAAGGUCAUCAAGCACCGCACUUAAAGAGUGAAGUGCAGCCUGUGCCACAGAGCCUGCAUUCAGGAGCUUAGCUGCCAGUCAGAUGGACACCUCAGUGCCAGAUGAGCCCCAGGGAUGCCCAGACCUGGGGAAUGGACACAGCAGAACAGCCCCCCACCCCCAGGACUUGGCUUGAGAUCACCCUGGGUAGGGGUCACCUACCUGGUCCUUGAUUCUGCCUCUGAGUGCUAGACCCACGGAGAAGCUGCCAUGGAGGAGGCAGGGGCCUUCUGCUCCAGCUUGGAGCCCCGUGCUGCAGCUGCCCGUGAGCUACUCCUGGCCGCGCUGGAGGACCUGAGCCAGGAGCAGCUGAAGCGCUUCCGCCACAAGCUGCGGGACGCGCGGGUGGACGGGCGCAGCAUCCCUUGGGGGAGGCUGGAGCGCGCCGACGCCAUGGACCUAGCGGAGCAGCUGACCCAUUUUUAUGGGCCAGAGCCAGCGCUGGACGUGGCUCGCAAGACUCUGAAGAGAGCCGACGUGCGUGACGUGGCCGCACGGCUCAAGGCGCAGCGGCUGCAGCGACUCGGUCCCAGCUCUUCAGCGCUGCUCUCUGUGUCCGAGUACAAGAAGAGGUACCGCGAGCACGUGUUGAGGCAACAUGCCAAAGUGAAGGAGAGGAAUGCCCGCUCGGUGAAAAUCAACAAGCGCUUCACGAAGCUGCUCAUCGCGUCCGAGACCGCCGCCCUGGAGGAGGAGGCGCUGGGGCCUGCGGAGGAGCCGGAGCCAGAGCGCGCACGGCGCUCAGACACACACACGUUCAACCGACUGUUCCGGCGCGACGAGGAAGGCCGGCGGCCGCUGACCGUAGUACUGCAGGGUCCGGCAGGCAUUGGCAAGACCAUGGCAGCCAAGAAAAUCCUGUAUGACUGGGCGGUAGGCAAGUUGUACCAAGGCCAAGUGGACUUUGCCUUCUUCAUGCCAUGCCGCGAGCUGCUGGAGCGGUCGGGCACACGCAGCUUGGCUGACCUGAUCCUAGACCAGUGCCCCGACCGCGGUGCACCCGUGAGACAAAUUCUUGCGCAGCCUCAGCGGCUGCUCUUCAUCCUUGACGGCGCAGACGAGCUGCCGGCACCGGUGACCCCGGAGGCUGCACCCUGCACAGACCCCUUUGAGGCCGCUAGCGGCGCGCGGGUGCUGGGCGGGCUGCUGAGCAAAGCGCUGCUGCCCUCUGCCCGCCUGCUGGUGACCACGCGCGCUGCCGCCUCUGGGAGGCUGCGGGGCGGUCUGUGUUCACCACAGUGCGCAGAGGUGCGAGGUUUCUCCGACAAGGACAAGAAGAAGUACUUCUACAAGUUCUUCCAGGACGAGUGGAGGGCGGAGCGCGCCUAUCGCUUCGUGAAAGAGAAUGAGACGCUGUAUGGCUUGUGUUUUGUGCCCUUCGUGUGUUGGAUCGUGUGCACCGUGCUGCGCCAGCAGCUCGAGCUGGGUCAGGACCUGUCGCGCACCUCCAAGACCACCACUUCUGUGUACCUUCUUUUCAUCGCCAGCGUGCUGAGCUCCGCUGGUGCCGACGGUCCUUGGGUGCAGAGAGAGCUGCGCAAGCUGUGCCUUCUGGCCCGUGAGGGCGUCCUCCAGCGUAAAGCGCAGUUUACUGAAAAGGACCUAGAGAGACUGGAGCUUCGGGGUUCCAAAGUGCAGACACUAUUUCUCAGCAAGAAGGAGUUGCCAGGCGUGCUGGAGACUGAGGUCAUCUACCAAUUCAUUGACCAGAGUUUCCAGGAGUUCUUUGCCGCACUGUCCUAUAUGCUUGAGGAGGGAGCUCCCGGUGCACCAACAGGUAGCGUCCAGUCCCUCCUGCGCACAGACACAGAGCUAAGUGGACACCUGGUGCUCACCACCCGCUUCCUCUUUGGGCUGCUGAGCGCAGAGCGGAUGCGGGACAUCGAGCAUUACUUUGGCUGUGUGGUCUCAGAGCAUGUGAAGGAGGAUGUCCUGAGGUGGGUGCAGGGACAGGGCUGCCCCAAGACUGCACCAGAGAGGAUGGAGGGGGGCAAAGGAUCAGAGGAUGCAGAGGAAACAGAGGAGGAGGAGGCAGAGGAGCCCUACAUGCCCCUGGAGCUGUUGUACUGCCUGUAUGAGACACAGGAGGAUGCUUUUGUGCGCCGGGCCCUUCACAGUCUCCCAGAGCUGGCCCUGGAGCGAGUGCGCCUGAGUCGAAUGGACCUGGAGGUUCUGAGCUACUGUGUGCGAUGCUGCCCAGCUGGACAGGCAUUGCGACUGGUCAGCAUUGGACUGGUGGCUGCACAAGAGAAGAAAAAGAAGAAAAGCCUGGUGAAGCGGCUGCAGGGUUCUCGAGCCUCCACGAAACAACUCCUGGGCUCCCCACUGCGUCCACUUUGUGAGGCCAUGACUGGCAAACAGUGUGGCCUAAGCAGCCUGACGUUGUCCCACUGCAAACUCCCCGAUACCGUCUGCCAAGACCUCUCUGAGGCCCUGAGGGUCGCCCCAGCCCUGACAGAGCUGGGCCUCCUGCACAACAGGCUCAGCGAGGUGGGCCUGCGUAUGCUGAUCGAAGGCCUGGCCUGGCCCCAGUGCCGCGUGCAGACACUCAGGGUGCAGCUCUCUGGCCUCCUGGGAGCACUCCAGUACCUGGUGGGCAUGCUCCGUCAGAGCCCUGCCCUGACCACCCUGGAUCUCAGUGGCUGCCAGCUGCCUGACCCCUUAGUGACCUACAUGUGUGCAGUCCUGCAGCACCCAGGAUGCAGCUUGCAGACCCUCAGUCUAGCCUCUGUGGAGCUGAGUGAGCAGGCGAAGCAGGAGCUGCAGGCUGUGAAGACAGCAAAGCCAGAUCUGGUCAUCCUACACCCGGAGCUGGACAGUGCCCCCAAGCCUCCCAGGGGAUUUAAUAGUGUCCUCUGAGGUCCUGAGGCCAGAGCAGGGCAGAGUGCCCUGUGGUCAGAGCCCCUGUGGAGAGGUCUGGAGAGGUCAUCUCAGUCCCAAAGGCAGGAGGGUACUGCCCUCAGACUCCAGCAACUCUUCUGAUCAGAGAGGGCCUGGACAGGCAAGUGGGAGGCCCAGACACAGGGGUCUGGUCCUGGUCAGGCCUGGGACAAGCCCCUCACAUUCCUCCUCCCCCAGCCCCACAGCCACUGCCACUGUCCUUUCCUGGGCCCCUUGCAGAUGCCCCUGCAACAGUGAUGCUGAUGAGGCCCCUGUUAAUUGAGUGCCCAGUGUGUUGGCAGAGUGACCGUUUCUCUGACCUGGCCCCUACCUGCGGUGGAGCCUCAACCCCCACAACUCUGGCCCCGUAGGCAGAAAGUGGUGGAGCCCUCCUUGGAAACUUGGGUCUUGGCAUUAGGAGUGAAGCCAUCCCUGAAGUAGUGUGAUCUGAGCCCAGAGGUGUCCACUAGCUGCCCGAGAUCUAUGGGAAGGUGGAGAUGGAGCCAAUGCCUGGCUCAGGAUGGGA